AUGGAGAGUGCAAGACUUCUCCACCGCCUUAAGAUCCACACGGCAAAUCUGUUUGGGUACGAUAAGGCCGGUUCGACGAGUGUGUUCAGUGGGCUGAGGAGCACUUUGAGCAAAUGCGGGAGGCGGCGAAGAACCCGCUCGAUGGUACGAGAUGGUGGCAAAAGGCAGACGACCCAUGGCAAUUACGCAGUCCACCACGGAAACCCCACCGCACCUGUACGGCUCACACCUUGUCAUAAUGACAAACAUGGGCAACAUACCUGCGGCUCGACCGCAUAUCGACUACGACCUGACGACAAUGCCAGACAUCGACUUGCUGUCGCACAAAUCAAACUGGGAGAUAUCAAAGAAGGAAAGAUAUGUAUUCCUCAUAGGUCCAAUUUCCCAUAG